AUGAAGACGUCUACCGACAUCAGUAGCGCCAACGCACCUUAUUCUUUCCGUGUUCAAGUAACAAAGGGUAACGUCCAUGACGGUUCUGAAUCCCAAUUCCGCGGGCUCGAAUAUUCGUGGACUGCAAAGGAGUUAGACAGCGCACCAUCAUUGUACCAAAUCCUUGAAGUUCUUUACGGGAAAUAUAUACCCCUCCAACCUCGAUUCAGGGCAAGAAAACGUCGCGGAAAACACGGUACGUUCAACGCAACACAGCCAAUGUCUAUCUUACCUGCAGAUAGGAUCAUAUCGCCACUACGGCGCUAG